ACAAUGAAGGAUGACGGAUGAUUUUGACGUUUUGUUUCGUUUUAAGGUUAUGUUUACAAUUUGUCGUAUUAAAACUGUGCUAAACCACAACAAAAUCAUCUUACUUCCUUGUUAGUGAUGAACCUGCUCAAAAACACAUUAACCAAGUUGCUAUCAAUAGAGCACAUUUGACAGACCUCUACAAAUUAGGUUUAAGAUGGAAAACAUCUUUGAAGAAUUAGGAAUUCCAAAAAAGUACCUGAGAAAAACCAUCAAAGAUGACAGAUAUGUAGCUCUAGUCCACAAACUCUGGCUAAAGUCACUGAUAAAGCACUCAAAACUAUCAGAAUUCAUAGAAAGAUCCAAGUUUGAGUCAUGGCCCAGUGCAGAGGAAGAAAUAGGUCUGUCCUGGACAAAAAUUUACAUAACAGUUUUCAAAAAAAGAGACUCAAAAGUUAUACCAUUACCAAGAAUAAGGCCUUUAUCAAGCGAAGACCGUCCCAUGUUGUUUCCUACACUUCUUCAGUACAUUUCCCAAACCAACUACAAGAAUCUCUGGAAGGAGGCUUACAAAAAAUAUUCAGUCAGUUCUGAUGGUUUAAAGGAAACUCAAGUAAUGUUAACUAGUUAUAAUGAAGUGCUAAAAGAAAUCUUAAUUAGAGUAUAUGGUUGUUCUGUAAUAAAUGCAUGUGAUUGUAGAGAAAAUGUGGAGGCAUCUAAUCAGUUUGAUGCACAUUUAAAUGUACUGCCAGCUGUAUGUGCAGUGGAAACAUUAAACUCUAUUUUCUUAUUACAUAAUCCUUAUAUUGAGCACAAUUUAAAUGAUUGUGUAACCUUUAGUCCUGCCAUUUUAGAUAAAUGUUUUACAAAACCAUUGUUCAUUGUGUACCAGUUGUUGAAUCUGUUGAGAUCUUUACAUGACAGGAGCCUCACUUUAGGCGACAUAAAUCUUAGUGAUAUUUAUUUAAAUGAAGACAUGUGGGUGUAUAUAUUUCCAAACAUUCAAAGCAAUAUUUACAUCCAAGAAGUUCCCAAAAACGAAAAGAAAAAAAUCGCAGUUCAAGACUGCAGAAAAUUCGGCCACAAAUUCGAGAAUUUCAAGUGCGAAAGCUGCGGCAUCAAAACCUAUGAUAAAGUUCAAAUCACCAACGAAAAUCUGGAGAAAUUAUGUCAGCUAUGGGUGGAGGGUAACAUAUCGAACUUUACGUAUAUAACAGCUUUAAAUGACCUGUCAGGCAGAAAAUUAGGUGACCCGAAUUGCCACCACGUUUUCCCUUGGGUCACCGAUUUUUCGUCUCGUUGCGGCAAAAACUGGCGUGACCUCAAGAAGUCCAAGUAUCGGUUGAAUAAAGGUGACCGACAAUUAGACUUAACAUACGACUCAUCCCAAUCUCAGGUUCCACACCACGUUUCCGAUGUGCUAUCGUCCAUCACCUAUUACGUGUACAUGGCGAGGAGAACCCCUAAGUCGGUACUCUGCAAAAAUGUUAGAACCAUCUGGGUACCCGCGGAAUACCCAAGCUCGAUACAAAGAAUGCAAGAGUGGACCCCAGACGAAUGCAUACCUGAAUUCUUCACCGAUCCGUCAGUUUUUCGAAGCAUUCACGAUGAUCUGGACGAUCUUGAGGUGCCAGCUUGGUGUGCCAGUCCUGAAGAGUUUAUAGAAAGGCACAGAGAAGCCCUGGAAAGUCAACAUGUCUCAGAAAGAUUGCAUCAUUGGAUUGAUCUCACAUUCGGUUACAAAUUAUCUGGACCACCCGCAAUUAAAGCUAAGAACGUAUGUUUAAAUUUGGCAGAUGAUCAUUGCAAUUUAACGAAAUCUGGGUUGGUUCAGCUCUUCACACAACCUCACCCUCCUAAAGCAAUCCAAUCAUUGUUUUGGUCAAAAAUACCACCGAAGAUUAUCGUUAAUAAGCCAAUAAAACCACGUAGGGAUAGAAGCGCUUCAUCGGGUAGCAAAGGAGACCAGUACAAAAGCGAGGAAGAAGAGGACUUGGACACAUCUUCAGGUUCAGCCAAUAGAUCUCCAUUAGGUCUGAGUAAGAUAUUAUCUCGAAGUAGAUCCUCGUUGCACGAAGACCAAAGCCCGAAAAUCAGUAGGAGUCCGAGCAGCCAUCGCAGCACAAGUUUAGGUCCUAAAAAUCCUACUUUUACUUCUCAUGUCGCGCCUAAAAAGCCUAACCAAUUAUCCGUGCCUAGUCCCAGUUUAAGUGCCGGUACUAUUUUCUUGCCUAAGGAAUACAAGCCAGAACAGGCCUUGGAGCUGUUAGAGAAGAAGCACGCAUUUGUUUCGAAAACAUUUCACGUGGAAACUGCUAAAAAACUAACGGAAGUACCGCAUGAUUGCUUGGAUGUUAAAAUACCGGAAGACUGUACGGUACAAAACGCCUUUACGAAUUUUAUUUAUACCGAAAACUUUGAGGAGUGUUUGGUGAAGCAGCGUGCGACCAAAUCUCACACUUUUCCGAUAGACAAUCAAAACGUUUUCUUGUUUAGUACCAGAGGCAGAACCAGCAAUCAAAAAGCUGAAAAUCAAAUUUCUUGCAACUACGCCGAAAUUAUUUCUUCUAGAAGAAUCAGGGAAUUCCAAAUCUUAGGUUGUUUAAUCGUUGAGAUUUUUAUGUCUAAACAAUUACGAUCAAUGGGCGCCAACAAAGUUGACAAGUUCGCCCAAAGACUGAAGUCUUGCAUAACUGUAUUAAAGAGUUGCAAAUCAGAAGUACCUUUUUGCAUCAGUUAUAUAGCGCAGUUACUUCUACAACCAGAGGUUAAAGAUCCGAUUUAUUGGAAUUACCCAGCUGUAACAGAUUUAGGUUUGCCACCACCUAAUGCUCAUUUACUUCUAGAGCCAUUGUUACAUAUGGUCGUGCCGUUUCCGAAACUAUUCCCUGAGUUAUAUAAAAUCAUUGCUACUUUGAAGGAAUUUAAGAACGUUGCUUUGGAACUGAACAUACUAUAUCAUUUCGAUUGUAAUGGUGAAAUGUGCUCGGAAUAUGAGAACUUGGAACGUACGAAAAUAUUGUUCGCGCAAAACAUAGGCGAAUGUAAAGUUAAAACUUGUUCCAGGCAAUUGGAACAGUUUUUCAGCGACCUGAAUACUAACACGGAUAUGGAAUUGGUUAAUAUUCUUUUGCCACACAUUGUGGAGCUGAUUGAAGAUCCACCAACGUCAGUUUUGGCCGCUUGGUAUCUGUACGAUCCGAUUUCCAGAAUUUUGGGGCCUCAACGUUCUAUUGAAUGUUUAUUGCAACCAAUUUUGAAAUUAUAUGAAAACGAACCAAGCGAUUCGAAUCUACCGUACAAUAGAAAAAUUGCAAAAUUAUAUCAUCACAGUUUUCUUUUAAGAUUGAUGGUGAGAAUUGGUUUGAAAUGUUUCCUGGAGAAUUUCGUUACGCCGCUAGUCGAAGCAGUGGGUGGAUACAAGGACUAUGACAAAGUGGACUUUAUUUUGCACACCCAUUCGGAAAAGGUGAUGAAAAAAAUGUCUCAUCUCAAAACAAUGGACACGGAACAUAUUGAAAUGUCGGCGAGUGACGAUUCGAGCAUCUCCUCCGACAGGCAAAUAAUAACUCCAAAAAAAGAGGCCGAACCAGCCCCCGAACAAGAAAUGUUCGAGUUCGACGAAGAGAAAGAAAACGAGGAACAAAUGAAAUCUUUAAUCGAACAUCUGGAGCUUAAUGUAUCAUCAGAUUUGCCUUUCAACCAUUCAACUGCUGAAGAAGCACUAGAUGCCACCUUAACCGAGAAUAUCGAGCAAUUACGAAACUUGGAAGAGUUGAAUAUUAAUUUAAAUGAAGAGUGCGAAAGAAGCGUGACCUCGCCCACCAUUCCGAUACCGUCCAGCUACAGGAAUCAAGAGUUGUUAAACAUAAGCUGUGAGGUCGGGAGCAAGAAGAGCGAGACUGACUCAUUGUCGGAUAAAAAGAGCUACUCACAAGAAAUGGACUCACCGGGUUCGUGCUACGAACAAUCGAAACUACUAUCGACGUCCAGCAGUUCCAGCAACAUCCAACGGCUGUACUCGAGGAGAAACGAGACGAAAAUCUCGGAAAUGAGUGCGGACAGUCUGAUUUGGUUGUCGCACAGACUGGGACCUGUUUUGACCGCUCGUUAUUUGUCCAGGAAUUUGUUAAAAAUGCUGACGUUAUGUUACGUUGGUAAGGAGAAUCUCGUUUCUGUUUCCAGAGAGAAUAUGCGCGAAGAGGGCGAUAUUUCUGUUGCAUCCAGCAAAGUUGUGGGAGAUGUUAACGCUCAAAAAGUUUUGGAGUGUCUCACCAGUAUUGCUUGUUUGUAUGGGGAACAAUUAAUUUUGUUCCAGUACAUUCCACAUAUGAGUGAAUUGAUUGCUCUUUGUAAAAGAAAAUUGACCUUUAAUCUUGAGGGUGGAUUAAUAUCAUGUUUGGCUUUACUCAAGCAUUUAAUUCCUUAUUUAUCUGAUAGUACUCUUAUGGAACAGUUACAGGAUGUGAUUUUAAAAAAUAUUUUGCAUCCAACUGUAAGAAUGUUGGGUUCAACCAAAUACACAUUCCCCAAUGGGUCAAUGGCUAGAAAUAUUUUGGCAAGAAAGUAUUUGGAUGCUCUGUACGUUUUAUCCAUCAGAAUGGGUUCUGACAUGACCAAAACAUUAUUGGCGGUUCCGGCCCUUCAACGAUUCUUUUUAAUAUUUGACAAGGUGUAUCUAGGAGAUGAUAAUAAAACUCAGGAAGACAAAGGAGACAAAGAUCUUUUGCGUUCAAUCGAAGAGUCGCACUUUGUUGAACUAAAACGAGACGGUACAACAACGGAAUGGGUAGUUGGAGGCUGUCCAGUACAAAUAUCUCACGCCAGACUAAAAGAUUCCGAAUCUGACAGUCUAUCACCUCCUGUUUCGCUACAAGUAGCUGCCAGUUUAGGUGAAGAAAGUGUUGUAAAUUUAGCCCUGGAAGAACUGAGAACCGUGUUCAACCCCGAGUUGGCCUACACUGCUUAUUUACCCUUUUUGAAACAUGUUGGAUUGGCAUCUUUAGAAAAUUCGUUGAAAAAUCACGAAAAUGUUAAGAGUUUAUGCCAACAGUUUAAGGAAUUCCAAAAUACUGAUGCAAAACUAUACGAAACGUAUAGAGCAACGACAAUACCAGCUUCAAGUAGCAUAGGAAGUAACAUUUCGGUUAUCGGCAACAGAAUAGAAAUACAAACAGACAACUGCGACAGCUUAAACACCGAAUUAUUAAAUUUAGUGAGUCACAGAAUGGAGAACAACAAUAGACAUUUAAGGGGUAACUGGUUAGCGUAUUGGGAACAUGAAAUUGGACGUGCCGAAAAAGAUACGAUGUUCAACUUCAAACAGAUUAAACUGCAAACGUUUAUCGGACACACUAACAGCGUGAAAUCUCUGUAUGUGUUGGACAACGAGAACAGUUUCAUGUCCGGAUCCAGAGAUAAAACAGUUAAAUUGUGGUCAUUGAGAUCUCAAGGUGACGGCUCGGCAGUCAGUUCUUGUCAGUGGACUUACACGGCUCACAAAAAAUCGAUCCUUGCCAUCACUUUUUCGGAAAGUACUAGGUUGGUCGCUUCUUGCGACAGCGUCGUUCACAUUUGGGACCCGUUCAUGGGUGCGAACGUGGGACAUUUAGAAAGUCCGAGGUAUGCGCCUGUGAAUGUUUUAAAAAGUAUGCCGGCGCCUUCCAGUUUAGUUUACGCUGCAACUACGGAAGGAACCGUCAAAGUUAUCGAUAUGAGAUUGUGUAAUUACAUUCACGAAUUAAAAAUAAGCGUGAAUCCGGCGGGUUUAAUUCGGUGCAUCGCAGUUCCGUCCUCCGGUAAUUGGUUCGCAGCAGGACAAUCAUCAGGGAACAUUACAGUGUUAGAUGCAAGAACUGGGUUGGUUAUUGCCAAUUGGCGUGCCCAUGAAAGCGAGGUACUUCAGCUCGUCGCUGUGGACAACAACACUCUAGUUUCAAGCAGUCUGGACCAAACUGUUAGUGUUUGGAAUGUACAUGACGGAAAGUUCAAGUUCCACCUGAGCGUUUGCCUUCCUAGGGGAGCGACGGAGCCAGUGCAUUGCCUCAACGUUUACCACAACGAGCUGAUCACUGGCACGACUGCCAAUCGCGUCGGUGUCCACACGUCUAUAGACACGGAGGCGUCUUUCUCCAGCACUAAAUUGAGGUCGGACGCCUUCAAGGGUUUGCUUACAUCUAUGGUUUUGUUGCCGCUCAACAGGAUGUUGUUAUUAGGGGCUGAUACGGGGAGUGUCAGUCUUUUGUGUUGAUCUAGGCAAUAUGAGUUUAGUUAUAAGAAAAGUGGUGGCACCAACAAAUUUAUACAAGACUGAAAUAUGUUGCAAUAGCUCAGGAAACAUCAAGAACAAAACAUUUAAUUACCUAAACGUAUAGACAGUAAUCUGCCACUUUUCUUAUACUGUUUCCCCCUCCCUAAUUAUUUAAUGAUACUCAUUAGGUACUCUAGUAAAUAGUAGUGAAUUGGUAUGUAAGCUCAAAAAAUUGUUGUUCCGUUAAGUAAGAACUGGUCGUUGCUUAAACGUAGCGAAUCUCGUCAAUUUAAUUAUUUAAAUAUUUUAACUGGUAUAAAGAUUAUAGCAAUAUGUAGGAAUGUUUAACUUCGAUCAGUUUUAAUUUUUAAGUUUAAUUUUGUAUGUGAUUUCGUACAUUCCGAACUGAAAGAGAUUAACAGAUGAAUAAAUUAUUUGAUUGGUAAUAUUUUUAUAGGACAAAUACAAUAGUACAAGAUAUUCCAAUCAUUCAGUCUCCAAUUUAUAAUACGUUAAUUGUUGUCAAUUUUAAUCUAUAUAUGUAGAGAUUUAUUAUUAUACAUACUUUUGUUAAUUUUCACUAGUCAGAUAAUUCUUCUUAAACCAAAUCGACUUUUAAUUGUGAUUUUAUCUAACUUUAUUGAUAUAUCGAAUCUAUCUAUAUUAUUUUUAGCUAUAUUCAAGUUAGGGCCUAUUUUAAGUAUUCUAUAUCCAAAGAAUGUUGUAGUUAUUAUUUAAGAUAUUAAAUAUUUAUAUUUAACAGGUAUUUUCUUUGAUCAAUAAAACUUG